GCAUUAAGGAAGCAAACGAUUUAAAUCUAAUAUAGAAUCUGGAUGUGAUACAGCUUUUGGAAUGAGAAGGAAAAUUUAGAGAUAUCGGAAUUGCAAAGAGCAAGUGAUAAGUAGAACCAUCACUUUCUGGAAUCCAAACAUGAUUCAAAGAAGCUUAGAAAAGUUCCCUCCGUACUCUUUUACAAUCGCUGCAGCAGCCAUUUUGAUUUCCCUUAUCUACUAUGUCCUGAAGAACCGAAAUUUGUUUCCAGGACCAAGAGGACUACCAUAUUUUGGACUAUUUCCGCACUUGAGGCAUGAUGACGUCCACUUGCAAUUGCAGGAAUAUCAGCGCAAAUAUGGAGACAUCUUUAGUUUCAACUAUAUGGGAAAUGUGAUACUCCAUCUUGGUACAGUGAAAGCCAUGCGGGAAGUACAAGUUCAGAAAGCUGAUUGUUUUGAAGAAAGAUUCACACGGUUUAAUGUACUCUCAUAUUUGCUUGCAAAUGGAGUAUCCAUGGUCAAUGGGGAACCAUGGAAAGUUCUUCGGAAGUUUUUUAUUCAAAGUUUCAAAGAAUUCGGGAUGACAACUUUGAAGAACACCACAGAUGGCCCUGUUUAUGAGUCCUUGACUAAAACAAUUGAAGAAAUUCGCGAAAAAAACGGUCAGUCCUUCAAUGUCAUCGAUCUAUUGAUUGAAAGGUGCAGUGCAACAAUGAAGAAAAUGCUCUUUGGGUCUGACGGAGUAACAAAUGAAGAACUUCGAAUCAUGAACGAUGCUUACAUUAUUGCUCUGGAUGGAAUGACGGGUAACAAGUUCCUUUUCAUCGGACCAUUUGCCAGACUUAUUUUCUUUUUUGUGCCCUCCUACCGGAAUGUCCUGACGCAACACAAAGUUAUGUGCCGUGUGUUGUUGAAAGCUUGCAAAAGAAUAGAAUCCAACUUUGACGGUGAUCAUCCUACUAACAUUAUCGAGCAUUACUACAAGGAAAGGAACGACAGACGGCGUAAAAUGGAUCCCACUGCAGAACUCUUUAAUGAUGUAGCGUUAGUGGAAUCUCUGGCACAGUUCGUUGGAGAUGGAAUAAUAACAGUGGCUUACUUUAUUGGAAUAUUUCUCUAUGCACUUAUCCACUACCCUGAGGAACAGGAUAAAUUGUUCAAAGAAAUUAAUGAAGUCAUUGGUACAGAGCGCCUACCUACUCUUGAUGAUCGAAGUCGGUUACCAUACACAAACGCAUUCAUUUAUGAAGUAAUCAGGACUACCAACUUUUUUGCUCUUUUCCCAAGUUUAGAAUGCACAAAAGAAACUACUGUGCGAGGGAAGAGGAUUCCUAAGGGAGCGAUAACACUCCUAAACUUUUGGACAGCCAACCAAGAUCCUGAUACUUAUGAUAAUCCACAUGAUUUCAAUCCUCAACGGUUUUUGUCAAAACCUGGCCAGCAAAGACCCGAACUCCCGGUUUUGUUUGGAAUGGGUAAACGAGCUUGCACGGGAGAGCCUUUAGUCAUGAUGGAAUCCUUCCUAUUUUUAACCACUAUCGUGCAGAAUUUCCGCAUUGCAGAAACAACUAAUCCCAAGAGCAUGGCAUCCGUCUUUUUGAUGACGGGCAACAUGGAACUACAAUUCUAUCCCCGUUCUGGGAAAUAACUCGUCUAUAGAUUUAAAAUACUUCUGAAAAGAGGACAUACUGUAAAUAAAGGUUGCAAUGAGCUUGGAUUAGAAGUGUUACUUUUCUGGCAAACCUGAAAACCCAAAAAUAUACAUGCUGCUUAAAAAGCCUUUCACUAUAAUAAAGAAAAUUUUCUU